AUGGCAGAGGACACAAGUCACAAUGCGGUAAUCAGAACAAAUGACUAUGACAAUAAGAAACGAGUUUCUUUUACUGCCCGCUCAGAUCCCUUUUCUACACAAUUCAGCCAGAAACUUUUAAAGGAUCGGAAAGACAAAACAAGUUGCAUUAAAAGAGAAAGAGAACAGAAUAAUUAUGAAAAACAGCAUUUAUUCGUUAAAACGCAAAAGCACCCGCAACUUCUUCGAAGACCCUUACCUCCAAAAUUCUUUAAGCUGUCUUUAUGUAAGAAGAAAAUCCAUACGGCCAAGACUGGUGAAACUAAGUCACCACAUGUAGUGUUCACUCAAGAUGAAACCAUUUCAAUUAAAAGAGAUAAAACUAGUUUUCCUGAUGUUGUUUCAAGAAAUAAAUCACCAAUACCUGUCAAAAUUCAAAAUUUAUGUUUUGAUUAUCAUGUACAAGAAAGAAUGACUACAAUUUCAACACGCCCAAAAUCUACUAAGAAUGUCCACUGGCACAUUCCAGAUACUGCUACUGGUUCCGUAUUUUUCCCAAGUUGUUAUUCAGCUUCCACUCGAGUUUUUGGGAAAGAAACAUGCCAAAUAAAAAGAUCAAGGAAGUCAAAAAAGAUGGUAAAAGAGGUUUAUACUAGCAAAAGUCUACCACACAUUUUAAUUCUUUCUUCAGUAUUCUCUAAGCCUCUAAUUACUUCUUGCGAAAUCAUCCCUCCCAAACUCAAGAAAGCAUACCCCAAGUAUCAACCUUUGCCGAAGAGCCCAAGCUAUACUUAUCAGCACAUCUUGACAGAUUUCAGUGAAAUAGUGUUAAGCCCUCUACCUAGUAAUGCAUCUGCUAAACCGGAAAGCAAUAGGCCUGACAAUUUAACACAAAGUUCUGCAUGGAAACUAGGUGUUGCUCAAUUUCCAGAUGGCAUUUCCCUACCAACACCAGUUUUACCAAGAAAACCUCAUGCGCAGUCUAUAAUAGAAACUCUUGUAACAGAAAAUGAAAAUAUAGAGACUGCCCCAAAGCACAUCACUCCAAAACCAACUGAAGGAAAUACAAGUCAAGUAGUUUCAAGGAUUCUCUUACCUUACUCUGGUUUGGAGACUGCACAGGGUGAACCAAUAAGUUUUGCUGCUCUGCAAGGCUUUUUUAUCCUGAAUUGUCCAGACUUAACAUCUUUGGCUUUCCAACUGAUAUAUCUUAAUUUAUCAUUUAAUGAUCUUUGUUACUUUCCCACAGAAGUAUUUUGUCUUAAAAAUUUACAAGUACUGAAACUGAGAAAUAAUCCUAUCAAAGAAAUUCCUUCUGAAAUUCAACAACUGAAGUACCUUAGAAUUUUUAGCAUAGCUUUUAAUUGGAUUAAUGUCCUUCCACCUGGGUUAUUUCGCUUGUCCCAUCUUGAGGACCUUGAUAUUUCCUACAAUGAAAUUAGUUUUAUUCCAAAUGAAAUCCAGAAACUCAGCACAUCCAAGUGUGAAUGGUGCCACGGUCCCAAGUUUGGCGAAGGUUUUCGUAUCAUCCGAUCCUAUGAUAUUUUUGGAGUAUUACAGCUUCCUGUUAUGUUUCAUGUCUGCUCUUCUUACUGCUAUAGAAAAGUAAACGAAAGCAGUUUUAUUUUAAGUAGCACUCCUGAUAAAACAAUAGCUCUAAAUUUGGAGUUGACAAAAGAAUGA